AUGGCUUCAGACUUCAAUUUGAAUGAUGACAUGGAUGAAGAUGUUGCUGCUAAUGAUGCUGAAAUGUUUCAGUAUGAUCUCAACUUUGUCUACGAUGAUGGGAUUGACUCAGAAAAUAACCAUGACAACAUUGGGUUUGACUUAAACCAAACUCCUUCCCCUGAUGCAACAGAUGCAUCUGAACUAGCAAGCAACCAUAUAGAGACAGCAGCUAACAACAGCAAUCAGCAAGCAACAUCAGAUCACCAAGACACAGCAAGCAACAUCAACAAUCAGCAAACACCAAUCAACCCAGAAAACUCUGAAGCUCAUCAUCAGCCAACAAGGAGGAGGCUCAGUAGUGGGGCCAAAAUAUGGAAAAAGGGGAAGGAACAAAGGGAUGCACAGUUACAGUACAACAUGUCAACAGGCUUCCACAAUUGUGGAAGAAAGAGAAUAACAAUUCCAAAUGAUGCCAUAAGGGCAGUGGCAAUGGGGAACAAAUCAUGCCAAAGGGACUUGGCAGUAAUGUUAAAUGUUGGUAAAAGCACAAUCCAGAGACUGAUUGAGAGAGGGGAAGUCAGACCUCACACAAAUGCAUUAAAGCCAAAGCUUACACCAGCAAACAGAUUAGAUAGGCUGAGAUUCAUACUUAACAGCAUUGUAGGAGAUUCACCAGGCACAAAAAGAGUGUACCAGUCAAUGUACAAUACAGUACAUAUUGAUGAAAAAUUGUUUACACUGACUAAAAAAACACAUAGGUCAUAUUUAGCAAAAGGAGAAAAAGGUCCACAUAGAGUAAUGCAAUCAGCCAAGUUCAUUCCAAAAUUCAUGUUCCAAGGAGCAGUUGCAAAACCUUGGUACAAUGCAGAAAAAGAAGUCAUUUUUGAUGGGAAAAUAGGCAUUUUUCCAUUUGCAAAAAAGGAGCCAGCACUUAGGUCCUCAUAA